CAUUGGUUGUCAGCCACCGACCUACGUAGACUAAGGACUGGUAGUGGGUUUUUCGGCUCGUAGUAAGCGCAGUAAUAGAAUAGGUAGUGUGUGGAAUUGUGAUAGUUUCUGUGCGUCUUUUACAUUAAAUUUAUUUUGUUGUUUUUGUAUUUCCUUUAAAAAAAUUAUAUAGUAACAAGUGCGAAACAAAAAGUUUUACUACCCAUAUAAUAUAUGAACUUUAUUUAAACUUGAAGUACUUUUGUAGAUGUGAUUAUUGUUUUUGUGAUAUUUUUUCUGUGACAAUGGCAGACAAUUCAAAAUUGACCGAUGAGGAGUUAUCUGAAAUCAGGGAACAAUUUGCUCAGCUGGACACGAGCGGUAACGGGUACAUUGAUUUGAAGGAGCUAAAAGAUGCAUUGGACAGCGUCGGAUAUAAAAUACCACAAUGGAAGGUUCGAUGUAUGAUAGAGGAAUAUUACGACAACGGCGCCAAGAGCGGUCGGGGCGUUAAUGGUAGCAUGAACGGAGACGCCAAGAAGAAUGGCAUUUCACUGGCUGAGUUUGAGGAACUUUGCGCCAAUCUCAAAGCACAGCAGGUGUCGAGUACAUUUAAACAGGCUGUCAGUAAAAAGGAAAAUCUUGAACACUUGGGCGGAAUGAGUGAGGCUUCUAGUGAUGGUACAACUCACUCCGUCCGUCUUGAGGAACAGAUGGCGUUCUCUGGAUGGAUCAACAGUAACCUGGAGCACGACCCCGACCUCAAACAUCUGCUGCCCAUUGACCCCGAGGGCAAACGGCUGUAUGAGAAGCUCAAGGAUGGACUUAUACUUUGUAAAGUAAUAAACCACUCAUGCCCUGACACUAUUGAUGAGAGAGCCAUCAACAAGAAGAAUCUGACGCUGUACACCAAACAUGAAAACCUCACACUGGCGCUGGUCUCCUCACAGGCCAUUGGAUGUAACAUAGUCAACAUAGAUGCCCAUGAUCUGGCCAAAGGAAAACCUCAUCUCGUGCUGGGUCUGUUGUGGCAGAUCAUUCGUAUCGGUCUCUUCAACCAGAUCACUCUGGAACAUUGUCCAGGCCUCACAGAACUGCUCAAUGACCAGGAGCGGAUCGAAGACCUGCUAGCUCUGUCUCCGGAAGCGAUCCUACUCCGCUGGGUGAACCACCAGCUGCAGGCUGCAGGUGUAACUCGCAGGUGUACCAACUUCCAGCAGGACGUGGCCGACUCCGAGGUGUACAGCUACCUCCUCAAACAGAUCGCUCCAGAUGAUGCAGGUGUAACACUCGACGCGCUGAGGGAAACGGACCUGCUCCGUCGAGCGGAAGUGAUGUUACAGCAGGCGGCUAAGCUGAGAUGCCGCGCCUUCGUGACGCCGGCGGAUGUGGUGGGAGGGGUGUACAAGCUGAACCUGGCCUUCGUCGCCAACCUGUUCAACCAACAUCCGGGACUGCAGAGGAACGACAACAACGAGGCCUACCAUCCCCUGGACGAGACCAGGGAGGAAAAAACGUAUCGUAACUGGAUGAACUCCAUGGGUGUCGCUCCUCACGUCAACUGGCUGUACUCCGACCUCACGGACGGGCUCGUCAUAUUCCAGCUCUACGACAUCAUCAAGCCGGGGAUCGUUAACUGGAAGAAGGUCCAUCGUCAGUUUUCUAAGCUUACUCGUUUUAUGGAGCGUCUAGAGAACUGUAACUACGUUGUGGAGUUAGGCAAAGCGUUGGGCUUUUCACUGGUGGGUAUAGCGGGCGCCGACAUCAACGAGGGAAACGCCACACUCACUCUUGCUCUCAUAUGGCAGUUGAUGCGCGCCUACACGCUGUCGGUGUUGACUCGCCUCGCCAACACCGGCAACCCGAUCAUAGAGAAGGAGAUAGUUCAGUGGGUCAAUAACAAGCUGCAGGCCGCUGGGAAGACCUCCUCCAUCAAGACCUUCCAGGACGAGGCUCUGGCUGACGCUAAGAUAGUUCUGGAUUUGAUAGACGCCAUUAAACCCGGAACCAUCAACUAUGACCUGGUGUUACACGGCGGCACCGUGGAGGAUAACCUCGCCAACGCCAAGUACGCUAUAUCCAUGGCGAGGCGCUGUGGCGCGCGAGUGUACGCGCUGCCCGAGGACAUCACCGAGAGGAAGCCGAAGAUGAUCAUGACGGUGUUCGCCUGCCUCAUGGCGCUCGACUACAUCCCCGCCAUGGACGCGCCCGCCAUGUCGGACCAAUCGGUUAUACAAGUUGUGGAUAAUGAGGUACACUUUGUGGAGGUCGCCGAUGACGUCACGAGGAACGAGAAACCCGCCCUUCCACCGAAACCAGAUAACUUGGUGCCAUUAAUUCAUUCCGUGUCAACGACAAACGAAUAAACGCAUAAAUAACGUUUGUUUGCAGAUGUCACUGAAAUUAUAGUAAUUUUGUACUUUUUUCUAUUGGAAUAAUUUAUUUUUCUAAAACGUUUUUAUUGUUUGUCUAUUAAUUUUUUUUUUUUUUUUGAAAGUACUUAAGUAGAACUUUCACGUUUUAUUUUUAUAUUCUGUGGAGUAUUUCGUAUUGUUACUGUACAUAAAGACGUAAUAAAUCAAAUACCAUAUUUUAUUAUAUUUUUACGAAAUGACUAAUAAAUGUUGAUUUACUGUAACAA